AUGAACAUUUUCUCGAAGAAACCAACAUCCAGAGAUGCGCUUCGAGCAAGCAAGCGAGAAAUGUCACAUGCCACAAGAGGGCUUGAGAGGGAGAUCACAGCAUUGCAGCUAGAGGAAAAGAAGCUGGUUGCGGAGAUAAAAAGGACAGCCAAAACUGGAAAUGAGGCUGCAACUAAAAUUUUAGCCCAUCAGCUUGUCAGAUUAAGGCAACAAAUUUCUAAUUUACAAGGUAACCGAGCGCAGAUGCGAGGUAUAGCAACCCACACACAGGCAAUGCAUGCCAACACUUCAGUGGCUGCUGGCAUGAAAGGUGCAAGCAAGGCAAUGGGAGCUAUGAAUAAGCAAAUGGCACCUGCGAAGCAAAUGAAGAUUAUGCAAGAUUUUCAAAGACAGUCAGCACAAAUGGACAUGACAAGUGAGAUGAUGGCAGACUCUGUUGACGACGUAUUAGAUAAUGACGAAGCUGAAGAAGAAACUGAGGACCUAACAAAUCAGGUUCUAGAUGAAAUUGGUGUUGAUAUUGCAUCACAGUUAUCAUCAGCUCCCAAGGGAAAAAAUACAGGGAAGAAUGUUCAAAGUGCCGAAAGCUCGGAGAUGGAUGACCUUGAGAAGAGGUUGGCUGCAAUCAGAAACUCAUGAGUCGAGGACUCCAUAUAUUAGUAUUCAGAUCUCAUUUCCUCAUUUACCCAGCACUUCAUGAGGUUUAUAUGAUAUGUAGAGGUGAAUGCACAUUGUGCACGAGAUGCCUGUGUCAAUAGUUUCUAACUGCAAAUUCAUUGUGAGCAUGGAUGAAUCAAGUGUUUGAAUAUGCUUGAACCUGCAGUAUUCCAAUCAACUGGGUAAGCAUGAGAAAAGAUUGGUGGGAUCAGAUUGCAAGUUUGAUAAAUAUUACAGGGCCAUACAUUGCUACUUCUUUUUGAUCGGCCAGGAGGAAUUGCAUGAAACUUUGCAACUCUACUUUCAUGUGAGAAAACUGGCUUCUUUGAUUUUGAUAUAACCAGAGACUAUAUCCCAAAAUUCCUUUCAUAUAAUGGGCAUAAAACCAUGACACCUGGUGUACAAGAACAUGGGUUAACCUGUAGCAGCUUCUCCCUCAUUCAGUUAUAUGCUAGUUGAUGUGGCUUUGUGAAUAA